UCCCAGGGGCAGAUGCUGUCUCGUGGGAUUCUGUCCCAUUCCUCUUGUGAAGACUGGACAGGCAGGUGCCUGCUCACGGGUGUCAGACCCUUAGAUGCCACGUGUCAUUCCGGCUCGCCCUACACGUGUUAAUUGGGCUCACGUCAUGAGACCAGAGCUUCCACGGUACAACUGCUAGCCUCUCAUCUCGCACGAAAUGCCCUGAUACACGAGCAGCGCGAAGAACAGCGUUGUCUUGCUGAAAUGCGGUCACCUCAGAAUGAGCUCGCAGCAGAGCUCCCGGGAUCUGUCAGUGCGGCGCCAAGCGACCAGGCGCCCAUCAAUCACUAAAGUGGAGUCUCUUAGCGUCUGGCCCUGCCCAGAUCUUCACACUACACGUACGCAAGUAUAUCGUCCAUAAAGAGGUUUUCUGCAAGCUUUAACCAGCUAUGGAAGAAGAUGUUCAAUGGGCAACACAUCUGGUUGACAAAAAAGAGGAGCUAGAGGCGAAAAAUCACGUCAAAGGCCGGUCAAGGAAGAUAGGACUUGGGACAAUGGACAUGCAGAUGCUAGAGGACCAGAAAUGCGAGGAAGCGAAAGAUCAGGGGGUCACAAGCAUGGCUGUGAGGAAAACCUCUUCGGAUCUGCGGAGAGAGAUCAUCGAUCUUGGUGGCAUCCAGAACCUCCUUGAGCUACACGAGAAAAGGAAAUGUAGGAAAAAAAAAGUGGCGCCCCCUACUGCUCAAGAGCCUGAAGGGCAGAACAUUACAGGGCCUGUGGAGGUGUCUCAGUUCUUACAGGCUGCGGCACAAGGGAAGAUCAAAGUUAUUGAGAAGUUUCUGGAAGAUGGUGGGAACCCAAGCUCCUAUGAUGAGUUUAAAAGAACAGCUUUGCAUAGAGCGUCUUUUGAAGGCCACACAGCGAUAGUACAGAAGCUUCUGGACAAAGGGGUGGAUGUCAACUUUAAAGACCGGCUGGACAGUGGAGCUCUGCACUGGGCGUGUCGCGGGGGCAGCCUGGAGGUUUUGAAGGUCCUUCAAAACAGCGGGGCCAACCUCAAUGUCCAGGACAAGCUCAUGAGUACACCGCUUCAUGUGGCCACCAGGACUGGUCACUAUGACAUUGUAGAGCACCUGAUUUGCAGUGGGAUCAAAAUCAACUCCAAGGACAGGGAAGGGGACACAGCUCUGCAUGAUGCCAUUCGCCUCAGCCGCUACAGGAUUGUCAGAUUGCUUCUGCUGCACGGGGCGGACAUGAAAGUCAAGAACGCUGAAGGAAAGACUCCCUCUGACCUGGUUAUGCAAUGGCAAUUUGAUACCAAAGACGUCUUGGAGAGACAAGCAGAGCUCAGCUCCUAAGGAGGAGGAAUAGACAAAGCAUUGAGGUCAGGAGUCCUGGACACCCACAGAGAGCCUCCCCGCAAGGCAACUGGUAUCUGGCUCCUCGGCAGGGUUAUCUGAAGAGCUCUGUCUGUACUUUGAAAUUUGCAUUUACUGAUCAUUCUGACCUAAUGUCUUUGUUAGAUUCCAAAAAUAGAGAUACAGUAUACCUAUAUACAGUUUAUCUGAAUAAUUGCUUUGAGUGGUGAAGAUAUUUUUGACAUUUUGAAGAUGCUCAGUGUGUGUUUUUCUAUACACACUACUUAGAUGAAUACUGCAUGCCAAUCAACAACUGUAUUCUGAAAAUUAGAAGAUAAAUGAUGUUAUCCAUACCAGCUGAUGCUAACAAUGAACCUGGUCGGAUUUUGUAUUAAUAAAUGUGAUGGACUUUAAGUUA